AUGGAGGUUAAUGUUACUGCCUUGGAGUCCACCAAUAUAUCCACUCUGUUCUUCCCCAAAGCCAAAACUGACGUGAGCAGCAUAAUGGACAUGAUCCAAGUCUUCUUCUACAGUGUGGUGUUCCUCCUUGGUUCCAUUGGCAACGGGGUCGUGAUCUGGAUCACAGCUCCCCAAAUCUCACGUACAGUCAACUGCAUCUGGUUCUUCCAUCUGGCUUUGGCUGACUUCCUGUUCUCGGUAAGCCGGAUUGUGCCCUUGCUGAAGAACGCUUUCUACCAAGGAUGGCCCUUUGGGAGCUUCCUGUGCCAAGCCAACAGUUUCAUCAAGUACCUAAACAUGUUCUGCAGCGUCUUCAUUUUGGCUGCCAUCAGCUUGGACCGGGCAGCCUCCGUGGCCUACCCAGUUUGGUCCAAAAACCACCGUGGCCCUUGGUUGGCAUGGUUGGCUGCCAUUAGUUCCUGGGUUCUGGCUGCAGCCACCAGCCUCCCUUUCUAUCUCUACCGUGAGGUGAAAAUAGAGAAAGAGAACAGAACGAAGUGCACUGUCAGGCUGAAGAACGGAGACCAGAUAGCCCUCUAUCUGCUGAGGCUGGUGUGUGGAUUCCUGGUUCCCUUUGCUAUCAUUCUGAUCUGUUAUGGGAUCAUCACUGUGAUACUGAGAAGGCGGCGGGCCACCUUCAGCUCCAAGAAGCCCUUCAAGGUCAUCCUGGUGAUUGUGGUCACCUUCUUUCUUUGCUGGGCACCCUACCAUCUCUUCCUCCUGUGUAAACUGGCAGGCGUGAAAGGCCAAGCGAUUUCUGUGGGGCUUCCUCUCGCUUCCUCUCUGGCCUACCUGAACAGCUGUGCCAACCCUAUCCUGUACUUCUUCAUAGGCUUGGACUUCCGCAGAAAGCUGAGCCACUUCAACCUGGUGGCAGUAUUCAGAAAAACGUUGCUGGAAGACAGUGUCUACUCAUUCAGAAAGCAAAGCCAACAGAGGAGGGGGACGCCCUCGUCCAUAAAUGAGCUAGAACGCAUUUCUUAA